GAAACAAACAAACUCUUCAAGAAAAUCUCAACUUCAAAGUAUUCCAAAACCUCAAACUCUCUUUUAAAUCUCUCUCAGUUCAUACCAUAAAAUCUCCCCAAAUCACUUCUCUGAAACAAUCCUUUUCCCUCCAUUAACAACCUCUCUUGAUUAUUUCCCCCUCUACUUACCCAAGAAAAGCAUCUCAAUCUUCUUCUUCUUUUAUAUCUCUCAAUCCAUGUCUCUUCUCCUUCACCAUUCAAUCCCCCCAUUUCCCUCUUUUUUCUUCCUCCACGCUCUUCCAUGGCCGCCCAACAACCUACAGUCUUCACCCCCAUCACCUUCUCCAAAUACUCCAACAGGGUUCUUCUAAAAACCCUCUUGGAUACCACCGAUGGGGGUCUUUCGUUUGUGGGUCAGAAAUUUGUGGUCGGAGGAUGGGUCAAGUCCUCCAAGGAAGUUAUUCGAGAUGCUCCCCCGGCUCCGGCUCCGGCUGAUUCUCUGCCUCCUAAGGUUAAUAAGGAUGUGAGCUGUAUUGAGAUUAUUCAGUCAAGGAUUCCGAUUGUUAGGUCUUUGCUUAAGAUGUUGUAUGGAAAUAGUUUGCACGAUGGGGAGAAGUUGGAGACUCCUGUUCAUAAGCCGCCGCUUCCUUCCACUGCUUUUCUGGCUAUUAAUGAUGGGUCUUGUGUUGCAAGCCUUCAGGUUGUCGUUGAGUCCUCAUUACAUCAUCCCACCCAUCUGCUGCCAACGGGAACUUGCAUCUUGGUGGAGGGCGUAUUGAAGCAGGUCCCGGUACCUGGGAAACAUGUUGUUCGGCUUGAAGUCGAGAAAAUCCUUCAUGUAGGAAAGGUUGAACAGGAAAAGUACCCAUUGUCCCAGAAAAAGUUGCCAAUGGAUUUUUUGAGGAAAUUUUCUUAUUUUCGUCCUCGAACAACUACGGUAGCAUCUGUUACGAGAAUCCGUAGUGCCUUGACUUUUGCAAAUCACACGUUCUUCCAAAAUAACAGCUUUCUUUACGUUCAAUUACCCACCAUCACAACCACAGACAGUGAGGGAUUCAGCGAAAAGUUCCACGUUACAACACUUGCAGGUAAAGGUAAGAGAGUGGAACCAACAGAAGACAAAGAACCCGAUGGUUUAAGUCUUGAAACUGUUAAGGCUGCUAUAACGGAGAAAAGCAAUCUUGUCAAAGAGCUUGAGAGAAGCGAAAGCAACAGAGAAGCCCUAGUAACUGCAGUUCAGGAUUUAAAGAAAACAAAUGAACUUGCAUUACAAUUAGAAGCCAGAGAAAAAUCCAAAUCCAAAUCAAGGAAAGAUAAAGUUAUUCCUGGAAAUUUUUUCCCACAAGAAACUUAUCUAACGGUUUCUGGACAACUCCAUUUGGAGACUUAUGCAUGUGCCCUUGGCAAUGUUUACUCGUGUGGACCAAGGUUUCGAGCAGAUAAAAUUGAGUCUGCAAAACAUGCAGCUGAAAUGUGGAUGGUGGAGGUUGAAAUUGCUUUUGCUGAACUGAAGGAUGCCAUGAACUGUGCUGAUGACCUUGUAAAAUUCCUCUCCAAAUGGGUGUUGGAACACUGUAUGGAUGAUAUGAAAUUUGUUCAAAAACGCAUUGACAAGAAUAGCAUCCAUCGCCUCGAAUCCAUUAUAUCAUGUUCAUUUGAGAAGGUCUCUUACACUACCGCAAUUGAAAUCCUGGAAAAGGCAACCAAUCAAAAAUCUCCACACUUAAAAAAGCUUAAAUUUGGUGCUGCUUUAACUGAUGAUCAUCUCAGUUAUCUGGCUGAUACCAUCUUUAAAAAGCCUGUAAUAGUGUGUAACUACCCAAAAGAAACCAAGCCAUUUAAUGUCCGCCUGAAUGAUGAUGGGAAAACCGUGGCAGCAUUUGAUGUGGUUCUUCCAAAGGGUGGAGUGGUAAUUUCUGGCAGCCAAAAGGAGGAGCGUCUUGAUGUAUUGAUGACAAGGAUGAGGGAGAUGGGUCUGCCAAGGGAGCAAUACGAGUGGUAUUUAGAGAUUCAAAGGCAUGGAAUAGUGAAGCACUCUGGUUUUAGUUUGGCAUUCGAUCGUUUCGUUCUGUUUACUACUGGUCUCACUGACAUCAAAGAUGUUAUUCCAUUUCCAAGAAGUUUUGGAAAGGUCAGCAAUUAAAGAGAAACCCAAGAUGAAAUUGUUCAAAAAUGUUUCACAACGUUGCUGGCAUCCGAUCAAUGGUGAUGCUUGAAAAAUGGAACUGAAAACUGUGUUUGUUACUGUAAGAAGUAAAGGGAAAAUGACUUCUGUUACUAGAGGACUUGUGUUUGUUGCUUCCUAAGAUUUGUUCUUGUAAAUAAAAUAGAAUUUGGAUUAUUUGUUGAGAAGACAUGAUUCAAACUUGUGAUCUCCAGUUCUUAAUUGCUAUUCUUAGCUUCAAUCAUUACGAUUUCUUAUUAAAA